GUAUUCAGCGGGCACUAAGAAAAAUCUUAAGAUACGUGAGAGUUAGUUAGUGAUGGUGAGAGGCGGCGCCGGGGCCGUGAAGGUUAGUUAGUAGUAAACAUGGCGUCACGAUCGACAGGCGGAGGUACCGUCCUAGCCUCGGGAAUUAGAACCCGAGAACGGAAGGAGCGAAAGUUGUACAGCGAUGACUGGGCUCUUGGAGAUGAGGAAAUUGAAGGUCACCACACAUUUGACCUUGACCAAAAGAUAAAAUCAGAGGAGUUUAAUUUGUGUUUUGUUAAAGAUAUGACAGAUAUAGAGUAUAAUCUUGCACAUGUACAGGAGAAUGGAUUUAAUUGGCCAUUGCUGUUCAAAGAUAAGGCAGUACUAGGCAUCGUAAUACCAAAUGCAGAUUUCACAAUCAAUGAUGUCCGACUAUGUGUUGGGUCACGCAGGAUGCUUGAUGUGAUGGAUGUCAAUACACAGAAAAAUGUAGAAAUGACUAUGAAAGACUGGCAACGGUAUUUUGAGAGCCAGGACAAGGACAAGUUACUCAAUGUCAUAUCCUUAGAAUUUUCUCAUACAAAAUUGGAGUCAUUAAUUCAGGCACCAACUGUGGUACGUCAGAUAGACUGGGUGGAACGAGUAUGGCCACGACACUUAAAGGAGGCUCAGACAGAAGCCACUAAUGUACUAGAAGAUAUGAUGUACCCCAAAGUUCAGAAAUAUUGCCUCAUGUCUGUCAGAGGUUGUUACACAGAUUUCCACAUUGAUUUUGGUGGAACAUCAGUGUGGUAUCACAUACUUCGAGGAAAGAAGAUUUUUUGGUUAAUCCCUCCAACAGAACGCAAUCUACAACUGUAUGAGCAGUGGGUCUUGUCAGGCAAGCAAAGUGAUAUAUUCUUCGGGGAUACAGUGGAUAAAUGUGCUCGUAUAGAGCUGUAUCAGGGCAACACUUUCUUUAUACCCACUGGUUGGAUUCAUGCUGUGUACACUCCUGAAGACUCAUUAGUGUUUGGCGGUAACUUUCUGCAUAGUUUUGGCAUUGAGAAACAGCUCAGAGUUGCCCAGGUGGAAGAUGCAACACAUGUACCAUCAAAAUUUCGAUAUCCUUUCUUCACUGAGAUGCUUUGGUAUGUGCUAGAGCGUUAUGUACAUGUUCUGCUGGGGCGAACACAUCUUUCGUUGCCUCCUGAUGAACAAGAAAAGUACUUAAAAUAUUUAGCCAGUAAAAUGAAGGCCAAUAACAACAACCAGCUGAAUGAGGAAGGGAAAGAGGGAGAACCUAAAUUAGAUAUACAUAUGACGAUACCACCAGAUAAACACAUCCACCUGACUCAGUAUGAACUUCAUGGCCUGAAAGCCAUUGUUAUGUACCUUCAUGCUCUCCCCAAUAGUAAGAAGUGUGUGCCAGAACUCAUAACUGAUCCCAUAGCACUGAUCAGAGAUGUUCGCACAGUGGUUGAGAAGCAUAGAUAUGACAAGUCGGAUCUUGCCAAGACUUCCACGCCAGUCCUAGAGUGGUGGACAAGGGAACCCACAAAAUUUGGAGUUAAACGGCCUUUGGGAGAAAAUACUGGAGGUGGAAUAAAGAGAAGACGUAGGAAUUCUGACGAAAAUAGAAUUGUUGGAUUACCUCCCAAUGCUGCAAAAGUCCGGCACAGAAGAGUUAGAUGUAAAUUAUGUGAAUCUUGUCUACGUGAAGACUGCAAAAAAUGUGGGUUCUGUCUAGAUAUGGUAAAAUAUGGAGGCCCAGGUACCAUGAAGCAAACUUGUAAAAUGAAAAAAUGUUCACAGCCCAUACUUCCUGCUGCUGCGGUCUGUUAUGAAUGCCAGCUAGAUGGCUGGGAACGAGUAUCAAGUACACCAACACAAAAACCCCCUGCAAACAUACCAAGCAGUCUCUUUGAAUGCUGUGUCUGUUUCAAAAUCUCCCAUCUUAAAUGUAUCAGUAACAAAGUAAGUACACUUUAAUGUUUUCACACAUAU